ACAAAAUUUAUGAAAAUAAACAAAACUGUUAUAACCUCAAUCUCACCACUCUCCAAAAAAUUUUGAAUUAUUUUGUAAAAAUAUUCAAUUUUUUGCGCUAUUAUUAUAGAUUAUGUAAAUUGAAAAUAUUUUUUAAUCCAAUGUGAGCCGUGGGAGUAAUAUUCAAUAUGUUGGGGUCAAACUGAGUUGAAAGUUUAAAAGGCUGGUGUAAAAUGGGCGGUGGAAGGUACUCAAGUGAUUCAGACUCUUACAGUAGUAGUAGCAGAAGAAAGAAACAUUCUUCAAGGGCCAAAGAAAGGACCCAUGAUGAUGACAAGCAAGAUGGCUGCCGGUUUUGAUGUUUCAGUGUGUGGUCUCUGUAAAUUAUCUAUUGGUAAAAACGGUCUAGCAAUCGAUGUGUGAAGCAUUUUGUGCUGAUAAGUGGUUUCAUACCAAAGUUAGUAGACAGAAGACAUGAAGAAAAUUGAAGAAUUGGGUGAACAUUCGAGGUGGUAUUGCUCGACUUGUGACUUUAGGUUAGGUCAGUGUCGUGAUUCUAACUUGGAAUCAGAAGAUGUUUUCAACGUUGCUAUUAAUGUUAACAAAAUACUAAACAAACUAAAUGUAAUGGAUUUUAAAAAUAAAAAAUUUCGUGAUCAAUUGGACAUUGUUUUGGAAGAACAGUUCAAAAAUUCUCAAGCGUGUUCAAGUAAUACAUGUCGUAACAAAUCCAUGCAAGAUAAGUUUGAUGCUCAAGUUAACACGAUUUCUGAAGACGAACUAAAUAGCUUGAAUAAAAUUAUUAGUUUAAUAAGUGACGUGAAUGUAAUUGAUGUACCAUUCAAUACUGUUCAAAAGGUUAGAGAAACUAACACAUCUUCAAAACAAGUAAGUGACGACAACAUUGAAUUAUUACUAAGCAUGAAUUUAGAAGACAACUCUCAACGUAGAAUUUUAACUGAUUCAAGACAGUCUCUUGUUCAUAGUGUUCAAGACAAAAUUAAAGACGUUAAGACAAUUCAGUCUGAAGAAGAAUUCUUGAAGAAUUAAGUCGACUAAACACUGGAAUUAUUGACUUGAAUAGGAGAGUGAAUGCUUUUGAAGAGUGUAGUGUUUUGUCAUCUAGUUUCAUUAGUAAGAAUGCCACUAAUUCUAAUCCACUGGUUGUAAAUCAGAGUAAUAAUAAAUCUAAAAAUUCUGAUAAGUCAAUACAAGCACAUGAAGGAAACUCAAUGAAUCCUUCUGUGACAGAAGGUAAAAAUGGAAUGUGGUCACAAAGCGAAAUAAAUUCAAGAUACACAACAGUGAGUUUAAUAUAUCAGAUAAAAAUAAGCAUGCAGUAUGAAAGCAGUGGCUUGACAAAACCUAGUGGGUGCAGUAAUAACAGUACUAAUGGUAGAAAUAAGCCUACUAAUGAGGUCGGUGUUUAUGCAUCUGUCAAUAAGAGUAACAGUCUUAAGCGUAUUGUGGGUAGUGGAGCGAGUACAUCCAAUUUGAUAUCAGCCCAAAGGAAGGACUGGAUUUUUGUUUCCAAGUUGGCAGUGGAUACUAAAUGUGAGGCUGUUUCUGAAUAUGUAAAACAAUUUAUUUCAGGUGAAAUUUUGUGUGAGGAGGUGAAAUCAAAGUUUCCUACUUACAAAUCAUUUAAAAUAGCCGUUGAUGUAGGUAAUAAGGACAAAAUUAUCGAAUUUGAUAUAUGGCCUGGAGGUGUACUAGUAAGUGAAUACCGGUUCCAGAAACGACCACAACCUAAAUCCAAGCAUUUUUUAGGCCAAAAGAAAAAUUAAUGUGUUCAAGACCUUCUCCUUCUAAUCAAUUCAAUGACUUAAACAAUGUGACAAGUGCAACCAAAAAAAAGGACCUGCGGAUCUGUUUUGUAAAUGUUCAGUGUCUACACACCAAGCUUGAGUCCCUCGAACUCCUAUGUGAAGAGGUGUCACCUGUCUUUCUGUGCAUAUGUGAGCAUUGGCUCAAGCACCAAGAAACUGAGUUCUAUCACAGUAUUAGCAGUCUAGGUUUGUCAAGUAUACACUGCAGGGAUACCAUGAGUUGUGGGGGUACUGCUGUUUAUGUGGAGGAGAAACUAAAGCCUGAAGUAAGAAUUGUUGAUUUAAAAAGAUUUAGUGUAGACUCUGUCAUUGAACUGUCUGCAGUGUUGUAUUUGAGUUGCUCACUAUUAAUUUUAACAGUGUACAGAUCACCAAAUGGAGAUAUCAAUUCUUUUUUUGACGUGUUGGAGGAUAUUCUAGGUCAUCUGAAUGCUCUACAGUACCAGAUAGUUAUGUGUGGCGAUUUUAAUAUACAUCUGGAGGAGUCUAGUGUUUUGGAAAAUCGAUUCACAGUUCUUCUCAGGAGCUAUGGUCUUAUCAUCGGCAACAGGGCCCCAACUAGAGGAACCGCUUGUUUGGAUACAGUUGCAACAAUGCUGGAUUCAUGGGACUAUGUUGUUGAAGUGAUUGAACCAGUUGUGGCAGAUCAUCAGGCCCUGCUUAUAGAUGUUGGCCUGUUCAAAGCAGAAAGAGUCAAUCCUGAAUGGUUCUGUAAAUACAGAUUCACACAUAGGAGAAUUGAUGAAAACAACUUACCUGUUUUUGUUGGAAUCCUUGGGAGAGUCAACUGGAGUCUCUGCAUCAAUUGUAAUCCGAGAAUUUCUUUCAGUAAUUUCUUCCAGAGGUUCAUGAAUAUGUUUGACAACUUCUUCCCAAAAAGAGUGAGGCGGUUUACUAGGAGAAGAAAUGAACCCUUCACUCAUGUUGAUAAGUCAUGGUAUACAGCAGACUUGGCUAGUAUUAGAACACUUGUUAUUAUUGCCAACAAUAUGUACAAGAAUGCUGUAACUGCAGAGGAUAGAAACAAGUUCUAUUCAGCUUACCUGAGACUGAAGAAGAUAUAUCAACAGGAUAUUGUCAACUCAAAGAGCAUCUGGAAUGAGGAUCUUAUUAGGAAUGCUCCAAACCCAUGCAAGGCAGCCUGGAAUGUUAUCAACAGCUCCAAAAGCAAGAAGGUUGUACUGUCAGGAGGUUCAAGUCCUGAUGACUUCAACAAUUUCUUUAUUCACUCGGUGGCUGGGAUAGUGGAGGCUAUCACCGGUUCACCUGAUGAUGCAGUGAAUCAUGUUCCUGUCAGUAUUUGCAGUUUCGUGAAGUGGGAGAGAAUUUCCUCUGUAGACCUGAUAAAAGUAGACAAGGGAUACAAGAGAUCAACAAGUCCUGACAUCUAUGGAAUCUCAACAGUGGUGUUGAAGUCAAUAGUUGAUGUUUUAGCUGUACCACUGUGUAAUUUGAUCAAUGACUGCAUGGAUUCUGGAGUUUUUCCCAAGGAGCUGAAGACAUCAAGGACAAUUCUAAUCUUCAAGAAAGGUGAACCUGAUGAAUUGUCGAAUUUCAUGCCAGUCUCCAUAAUUCCUGUAUUUGGCAAACUCAUGGAAUCGGUGAUGUAUGUUCAGCUUUCACAGUAUUUUGAGAGUAAUUCCAUCUUCCAACCUCACCAGUAUUGAUUCUGUCAGGUGAGAUCAACCACGGGAGCUGUCGGAGUGGAGUCGGUUCUUGGGGCAAUGGAGGGCAGGCAGUCGGUCUCUGUUGCUUUGUGUGAUUUGACCAAGGCAUUCGACUGUGUCUCGCAUGACAUACUAUUGGGUAAAAUGAAGAGGUAUGGGAUAAGUGGAGUUCCCCUGAAAACCAUGGAGGAUUACCUCUCCAAUAGAAUGCAGUUCACAUUGGUGAAUGGUGUGAAAUCACGGUCGAAGGAGGUGAUCUAUGGGGUGUCGCAGGGAUUGAUUCUUGGUCCUCUGUUGUUCCUUGUAUUCAUCAACAGUUAUAGUUCUGGGGUAACUAAACACCUUUUUAAAAAGAAAACUUUAUUUUUAAACACAUAAUUAUAAAAUAUACAUCGAAAAAGAGAGAAGUGCUCUUGGUGAAGUUUGGCAGUAGACUGACUAAAAGUACUAUGAUCGAGCAUUACAAUGGAAUACAGCGUCAGCAAUAAUAUUAGGUGUUACCAGAUGUAACUCCUCCCCCCUAAGAGUGAAGCUGCCCUCAGCUUCAAAGAAAUAAAAAAAAACAUAUAUUAUAUUUUAAGUAUUAUAAACUAAGUACAUGGUAGUCUGGGGCAUAUUUGUUCUGGUUCACGCUGUACAGUAUCAUUUUCAACUUCAGAUUUACAACACAUUAAGUUACAAAGUUUGUGCCAGAUAAACAGCCAUUUGAGAAAUAUUAUAACAAUCAAUAAAAUUACAGUAAAAAUAAGCAAU